AUGGAGGUCUUCUCUAACACUCAACUUAUCAUCAUAACCAUUUUGAUGUUAUUGGGUGGAGAGGUCUUCACUUCCGUCCUUGGACUUUACCUGUCAAGGUCCAAUUUCUCUAAACAACAAACCAAAGAAAAUAGAGUCGCUUCUAAUUACCAUGGCCCUACAAAACCUACCACCUUUUCAGGGCUAGAGAUUGAUCAGAAACCACCCAAUCUCGACCUAGAAUGUAAUAUCAGCUCUUCAGACAAUGACCAAAGUCUAAAGCUUAACUCCAUCAAAUGCCUAGCUUAUGUGGUUUUUGGUUAUUUCUUAGUAGUUCAUAUUACUGGUUCUAGUUUAGUUGCUAUGUAUAUAAGUCUUGUACCUAGUGCAAGAGAAGUCCUGAGCAGUAAGGGCCUUAAAAUACAAACAUUUUCUUUGUUCACUACAGCCUCUACUUUUUCCAACUGUGGUUUUGUGCCUACAAAUGAGAGCAUGUUAGCUUUUAAGAAGAAUUCAGGUCUCCUCCUAAUUCUCAUCCCUCAAACACUUCUUGGAAACACAUUAUUCCCAUCGUGCCUGCGAUUAUCGAUAUGGGUUUUGGAGAAAAUCACAAGGAAAGUGGAGUUCAGAUACAUUCUUAUGAAUACUAGGGAGAUGGGUUAUAGCCAUUUGCUCUCUUUUGCUCAUUCUUGCCUUCUUGCUAUUACAGUCUCGGGGUUCAUAAUGAUGCAGUUUAUACUUUUUUGCUCUACGGAGUGGAAUUCAGGAGCUAUGGAUGGUAUGAAUUCCUAUCAGAAGGUGAUGGGUGCAUUGUUUCAGGUUGUAAAUUCUAGACAUUCUGGUGAAUCCGUUGUUGAUCUCUCCGUCAUCUCUCCAGCAACCUUGGUGCUCUUUGUGGUUAUAAUGUAUCUCCCAGCGUACACUUCAUUUUUGCCAUUAAAGCAACAGGAAGCAGAGGUUGUUUCAGGAACUGACCAAAAAUGCAAAAAACAAAGAACGUCUUUGGUUCAGUGCCUAUUGCUCUCACCUUUAUCUUCCUUAGUCAUCUUUGUGAUUCUCAUUUGUAUCACAGAGAGAGAAAAGUUGAAGAAAGACCCCCUCAACUUUAAUGUGCUCAACAUCACCAUAGAAGUCGUAAGUGCAUAUGGAAAUGUUGGGUUCUCAACUGGCUACAGCUGCAAACGACAACUUGAACCAGACAACUUGUGCAAAGAUGCAUGGACUGGAUUUGUUGGAAGGUGGAGUAACAUGGGAAAAUUUAUCCUCAUUCUUGUCAUGUUCUUUGGAAGGCUUAAGAAAUUCAACAUCAACGGUGGUAAAGCUUGGAAGCUAUCCUAA